GCGCUUGUGCGCUUGUGCCUGCAGUCGCCAGUCGCUUUCUUUGAGACGCGGACCUGUGUACAAGUUUCAGAAGCCUUUUCUCUCACUGGACAAUGUCUGCUUUACCGCAUGGAUGGAAAAGAGAAGAAGUUGUAAGACAAUCUGGUCUGUCUGCUGGUAAAACAGAUGUGUAUUAUUAUAGUCCUGAUGGAAAGAAGAUAAGGAGCAAACCUCAGCUAGCUCGCCUUCUUGGUGAUGCUUUUGAUCUGAGUGCAUUUGAUUUUCGGACAGGGCGUAUCAUCUAUAGUGCUGUGCGUAAAAGCAAGCGUCAGAAAGGCUCCCCUUUUGACUUUGCAAGAGGCAUGCGGUUAGACACCAGUUUGGUGCUGCCUAUACGCCAGACAGCCUCCAUUUUCAAACAGCCAGUGACUGUAAUCAGAAAUCGCCCAGAAAGCAAAACAAAGACAGACCUUAAACAUGGUGUUCAGGAGCAGCCUCGACAGUUGUUUUGGGAGAAACGUCUGCAGGGUCUGCGAGCCUGUGACAGCAAUGAAGAAGAAAUUGAGUGUAUGGAAUUACCUCGUAACAUGAAUGGUGUUGGUCCAGAGCUUGCUACCGAGAGUGUUCUCCAGAGCAUCUCAGCUGCCCUGCAUCUGAAUGCUGUGCCAGUGACAGGUCAGAGCAGUAGUCGCACAGCUAUUCAGAAAAAUCCUGGGGUCAACAUUGAUGCUAGUCAGCCUCACAUACAACAAAUGUUAGUCUCUGAUGAGGACAUUCAGCGACAAGAACAGCGAGUCCUUGAAGCUCGGCGUCGUUUACAGGAUGCUCUCAAAGAUGAAGGUGUCAGCUGUUAAGACAGUGUAAUUAUGGGAUGGAAAAACAGUGGAAAGCAAUUUCUUGUUUUUCAAAGAGGCUUGAUUUUACAGGUGUUUUAUUAAAGUUAAUAGAUGUGCUUAGCAUUCCUCCCAUAGGAAAGGCAGUUUGGCAGCUGUCACCAUAGAGUAUUGGCUACCCUGGGUUCAGGUCUCAUUUCAGCACAUUGUUCUUGUUCUGCAUGUGGCAUCUGUUUACAAGGCAGGCUGCUUUGCCAUGAUAUAGCCUUAGUUGCUGGCUUUGUGUAAAACACAAGUCCCCCUUGCCCUUCCCUGCCAACCUCUAAUAGCAUGUCUGAAAAUUUCUUUUUUAAAUGCUGAAACUGUGUGUGUGCCUGUACGUGUGCAUGUGUAAUAGAAAGCAAUAUGGAUGACAUUUGCAAUUUAGUGUUUGUAUUUUUUUGGCUGAGGUAGUUGGUAAUAAACUCAACUGAAAGAUAAA